CAGCUUUUGAUACAAUCUACGUUAUAUGUAUGAGUCUAUGUAUAGCCAUAUGAAGAUUUGAUGGAUGUUGUUCAUCGUAAAAUUUCGCUGCAAUGUUAGCAUCGCAAAGAUUCACUGCCAGCGCUCUUGAAGAUCUGCGAAAGUACAAAAUGCCUUUCUUGGAAACCGUGGCGGUGAUUUUUCAAACCGCGAGAUUAAAUUCGUAUAGUUGCAACAUUGGUUCUGAAAAAGAAAAAAAUUACAGUGUUGGUUUGUCUCUCAUUGUUUUCUUUUUUUUUGAAUGCCAGUGCGCAAACCAUCACAAUACCGCCCUUUUGUCGAUCGCGUAUUUCUGCCUGCGGUUCGCACUUUGCUAACUGUAGUAGGGCUAUUCGCUCUUAUUGCAGCCACUUGGAUAGAGACCAGUCCCUCCAUCGACAGUUGCGGGUUCCGAAGCAACAUGGCGAUCCUCGACGUCUCAGUUUAUCGCAAUAUAUCUGAACACCUCGAUGCACCUGAUACGGUGACGUUUGGACUCUGGAAGCACUGUUUUAUAUAUUCUCGAAACUGUACUUGCGCCGAUACGAAGCUUAAUUAUGAAGUCAAUGCGCUUCAAGUUCUUUCAUAUGCAAUCAGUAACCAGUCAUCGUCAUUGAACACGACAAUUCCCGAGUUUGAUUAUACACCUUCGUAUACGCGCGUCGUUCCGUUGAUCAUGGCCAGCGUAUUCGGUAUCGUUGCGAUACUGUUCAAUGUUUGGAGCAACCGUCAAGUGGUAGCUUAUCGUCGCAGCUGGAGCUGUUGGAUCAACGUAGGGGUGGACGCGAUCGCUGUCGGUCUUAUCGCGCUUGCGUUGGGUUGCACUUACCGCUCUUAUUCUCAAAAUAUUGAGGCGGCUUGCCAAGUUUUAGCGACCCGCGAUGUGCACUGUGCCAACACUUCGGUGGGAUUGGAAGUGAUUUUAUUCGCUAUUGCCAUUGGUUGCUUAACGUUGGCCUGCAUCUUAUGGGUGUCAAGAGGCCUUCAAUUCAUAUCAGGGGAUGCUACUUCGCAGCAAAUUGAUUCGUUUGUUUCUGAAAAAUUCCCAGACGACAAACUACAGGGAUACAAGUCGUUUCAGCGUGGUCGAACUCCGUCACCGAUGAACCGUCGCGAUGAUGCCGUGGCCGCGUGGCAAGAUGCGACGCAUGCUUUUGAUCACGAAACGAAUCACGCACGACACCACAGCCAGGGAUCGUCAUUCUUAUUAAGCAAUUUUCACUUAAGACCACCACCCCAUAUUCGGAUAGGCGAACAACAACAAGUGCCUAAUGCUUCUCAUGAUUGGUAUCACGAUGCAGAAGCCGAGACCCAGGCCGCGGCCAUUGGUCAUUUGUACGACGACGUCGAACUAAUUCCGCCGACGCUUCCCUACGCAAACAAGCGACCGAAACCCGUGCGACAGAGUUCAGGCAAUACAUUUGGUGCUAGCGAGAUGCUUGGCCAUUCUCGAGCCUCAACAGCGAGUACACUCGAGGAUAUGUAUUCCGUCCAGCGACGGCACCCUUCCACGGAUCUUUCCUCAUUUCGCGAUUCUCGAGGUUCCUUUUGCAUCACACCGACUCAAAAUUACAGUCCUUCUCCUCAUGGCUCGUUUGACAGCAUUGCAGAAUAUGAUCCACCCUCGACGUCGCCAACAACAGUGCCCACACUACAAACCCCUCCUCCACCAACAGGCCAGGUUCUCCAUCCCUUGAAUCGAAAAGUCAUCCGAGAUCAACGUAUAGGCGCUUAUCUUCAGACAAGGCCCGCCUCUUCAUCUAGUUAGUCCCAUUUUUUGUAUCAUAGCCCAUAUAGUUCCCUUUUUUUUUCUUCAUGCGAACCCCUUUUUAUUAUCCAUUGCUACUACGUAUAUUACAUGUUUACCAUUUGUUUUUCUGUAAAAAUAGACUGUCUCGUUCAACUUUAGUUUGUGG